AUGAGUUACGGCAGCAAAGUGCGGGUUGGCUGUGAUAAAGCGUUGCACACAGAGACUUUCAGCGCGCCAGGCACACAUGGUCGUGGACAGGCGGCGAUACCACCGACGGCUCUACCGGAUGUGCCGACGAUAUCGAACAUCAAAGUUACAUCGGCUGCAGUGAAGUUGCCGAGACGACAUGCGCCAGUGAAGGUCGAGGAGUCAACUAGGAACCUCAACGCGAAUGAAGAAGAGGCAGAGGGGAAUGGCGAUGUGCCCGUGUCAGAGUCUUCUCCCACCACCUCCACUACCCGACGUGUGGAAACCAUGACAUUUGAUGUAGAACGCAUCAGCCCACCGAUUGCGAACAUGUUUCGUCGACUGAUGAUGACUGAGGUCCCAGUCCUUGCAUUUGACCGCAUGCUCAUUGAGGAAAAUGACAGCGUCGUGCCGGACGAACUUCUCGCCCAUCGCAUCGGCCUUGUUCCAAUUGCUGGUCCUGUGUUGAAGAUGCAGUUUGUAACGGAAUCGAAUCAAGUAGGUUUUGAUGCUCUUGAUCCGCAACGUGUGUUGGUGUUUGAACUUGCUGCUGAAGGACGGCGUGAUGCAAAGUCGACGAGUGUCUACAGCGGCGAUCUUAAGUGGAAGCCGCUUCCAGGGCAAGAAGCGUGGGCAACUGGUGCCGACGAGGACCGUGUGUUUCUUGUCCAUCCCGACAUUAUAUUGACGAAGCUAGGGCCUGGACAGCGUUUAAAGCUGCGGGCGAUUGCUCUGAAGGGCAUUGGUGGUGUGCACGCGAAGUGGACCCCCGUCUCUGUCUGUUUCUACGAGCUCAAGACAAGCAUUUAUUUGCGUGAACCGAUUCGUGGGGAUUGUGCAACGAAAUUACAACGCAUUUGCCCUGUUGGUGUCUUUGGCGUGAACGAGGAGGGGGAGUCGGAGGUGGCGGAGGUGGAGAACUGCACGCUUUGUCGCGAGUGCCUCCGCCGUGACGUGUACCCCGAAAUCGCCGACAAGAUUGUCGUCGAAAAGGACAAAACUCGCAUGCGGUUCACCAUUGAAAGUAUUGGGCAGCUGCACGCGUCGCAAAUAUUCCGGUAUGCCCUCGCUUUGUUCGCCGAACGCGUUCGUGAUUUGGCCGGGCGUAUUCGCGGCACGGAGGCCAUUGUCACGGGUGCAGCCGCCGCAAUACCGUCCACCUGA